AUGACAGUCGGUAAAAUAAUAAAAAAACACCACACACAUGAAAGAAAACAUAACCUAAUUUGUGGGAAAUUUUAUCGCAUUUACUUUAUUUUGGACCUCUAAGUGAUAAAAUAUGGCGGAACCGGGAUUAUUCAAGAGUAGCACAGCGUUUUGUGCGAGGUGUGGGUCAAUUUUGCCUCUCCUACAAAAGUUUGGUUCAGUCAAAUGUUACUUCUGCAAGGCCGUUUAUGAAGCUGGAAAUUACAACAAUAUCAAAUUUCAAUACACAAUCAACUUCAACACAGUGUCCACUGCAAAUAAUUUAAAUAUCAUAAACAUGGACGACCCAGAAGGGCCAGUUGUUGAGCGGAAGUGUCCGAAGUGUGGCAACGAUCGCAUGUCGUAUGCAACGCUGCAGCUUCGGUCGGCUGAUGAAGGACAAACUGUGUUUUAUACAUGUAUAUCUUGCAAGUAUAAAGAAACAGAAAAUUCCUGAAAUUCCAUCAACAACUUCAAUCAUAGAGCCGCAUGAGUUCAUUUAUCAGCUUAUGCGUGUAUUGCCAGCGUGACAAGGUAUGUAUCUAUACGUCUUUUGGAGCAGUAAGCAACAAUCGGUGUGUCCCCAAUUAUAGAAUGACACAAGUUUAUAUGUAUUU